AUGCAGUUUGGCCGCUUCACAGAGGGUAAAAGAGCUGUGGAAGACAAAAACAUCAGCCCUCUCGUCAAAAACAUCAUGACUCGCUGUAUACAGUGCACCCGCUGUGUGCGUUUUGCCAGUGAGAUUGCAGGCGUGGAGGAUCUUGGCACCACUGGGAAGGGCAACGACUUGCAGAUUGGCACCCACGUGGAGAAGAUGAUCAUGUCCGCGUUGUCUGUUAACCUUAUCGAUAUAGGCCCAGUUGGAGCCCUGACAUCAAAGCCAUACGCUUUCACGGCUCGCCCAUGGGAGACCAGGAAGACUGAAUCCAUUGACGUUCUGGAUGCUGUGGGCAGCAACAUCGUGUUGAGCACGUGGGGCGGAGAGGUCAUGAGAGUUCAGCCUCGCCUUAGCGAGGACAUCAGCGAGGAGUGGAUCUCGGACAAAACCAGGUUUGCCUAUGAUGGGCUGAAGCGGCAGAGGCUGACUCAGCCGUUGGUGAAGGAUGACUCAGGGCAGUUGGUGCCUGCGUCCUGGGAGGAUGUGCUUGCACAAGUGGCUGGAGCAGUAAGCGGUUUUCAACAUGAAAAAAUAAAAGAAUGUGGUUUUUGAUGCAGCUUUAUUGAAUGACAUGUUUUGAAAGUUGCAAGGAGCUGAAGGACGGGAUGUCGCUGCUAUCUUCUUAACACUGGUAUUGCUGGGAUUGAGGAAGCUGACCUGCUGUUGCUGGUGUGCACUAACCCGCGCAAUGAGGCUCUUCUUUUCAUCCGAAAAAGUGUAAACUGCUGCAGCUGGCUGCACAAUGAUUUACAUGUGGCUCUGGUGGGAAAGCCAGUGGACCUCAGUUACACGUAUGAUCAUCUGGGAGAAUCUCCAAAAGUUCUACAAGAAAUUGCUUCAGGAACCAGGCUGUGGCCGAAGCGAAGCACCCUGUUGUUGUAGUUGGCAGCAGCUGCCUGCAGAGGGAGUAUGGGGCUGCAGUAAUGGCUGCCGUGUCCAGCAUCGCUCAGAACGCUCACGUAGAAGACACGUGGAAGAUUGUCAACGUGCUUCACAGGGUGGCCAGUCAGGUGGCAGCACUUGAUCUUGGGUACAAGCCAGGGGUGAAGAUUAUCAGGGAGAACCCACCCAAAGUUUUGUUCCUGCUCGGGGCUGAUUCUGGCUGCGUUACCCGACAGGAUUUCCCAGAUGACAUCUUGGUUAUAUAUUAAGGUCACCAUGGCGACGUGGGGGCCCCAAUAGCGGACAUAAUUCUCCCCGGCGCUGCUUAUACUGAAAAAUGCGGCACCUACGUGAACACAGAGGGCCGGGCGCAGUAGACCAGAGUUGCUGUGACUCCUUAAGGCUUGGCCAGGGAGGACUGGAGGAUCAUCAGAGCCAUUUCUGAGUUUCACUAGAAAACAGUGUCGGCAUGUUACGUUCAACAAAAUAGAAGGCUUGAACUUGUUGUACAUUUCUAAUUAAGCUUGCAGGAGUGAAACUACCAUAAGACUCUCUGGAUGAGGUGCGGAACCGACUGGCAGAAGUUUCCCCAAAUUUGGUUGGAAAUGACAACAUUGUGGAAGCCAACUGUGCUAAACAGGUUGCUGAGCUGUUUAACGUUAGCAUGUACCUUACCUACACUUUACCUGCACUUCAACAGGCUGAGAAGUCAAGCACAGCUGGAUGCGUUCUGUGAAUUUCUCAGUCUGUCAUACUUUAUGUUAUUGUCCGCCUGCCCCCCAUCUGUUUCAGUCAACUAGGCUCUCCUAACAGAACCUAUUGUUCCUCCACAGCUUACCGUGAGAGACUUCUAUAUGACAGAUCCUGUAAGCAGAGCCUCCCAGACCAUGGCCAAUGUGUUAGAGCUGUUACAGAAGGAGCACAGGCUGGGAUUGAGCCAGCCAUGUGCUCAAGAUAAAAGGACAUCUUAUUGCUGAAA